GUCAUUGUAAUUUUCUGUGAGGAAAUGUCAAGGAAGUAGGCAUACGGAGAAAACCAGCAGCCAAUCCACUUUUUUUUUUUUUGCUAGUGGUUUCAUCAUUCCUACUCAAGGUUCUGUGUUCAAUGUAUACAAACAAAGCUUCUUUGUUGUUUCUUCCUCCACAAAGAUCCCUUUAAGGCUUUGUAAUACUGAUUCUCUUUCCAUCAUACUAAUUAAUGGAUUCUUCUUUUUUACUUACCAUUCUUGCUGCUGCAAUAGGGCUCUUAACCAUUCAAAGAAAACUUCGGUCCCAUCUUGAUAAUAACGAUGAAAAGGAUUCUUCUUCAUCACCUUCAUCUUCUUUGUCUCCUUCAUCAACAGUUCCUCCACCUUCUUCUCGCAUCUGGAUGCAUGAUGUUUUUCCUAGCUUCCGAGGGGAAGAUGUCCGCAAAGACUUUCUCAGUCACAUUCACAUGGAGUUUCAAAGAAAAGGAAUCACUCCAUUCGUUGACAAUGAAAUCAAAAGAGGAGAAUCUAUCGGUCCUGAGCUCGUCAGGGCGAUCAGAGGAUCUAAGAUUGCAAUUAUUUUGAUCUCUAGGAACUAUGCCUCCUCCAAAUGGUGUCUUGAUGAACUGGUGGAGAUUAUGAACUGCAGAGAAGAGUUGGGUCAAACUGUAAUGGCUAUUUUCUACAGAGUUGAUCCAUCUGAUGUGAAAAAGCUAGCUGGAGAUUUUGGGAGAGUCUUUAGAAAAACUUGUGCUGGUAAAACAAAGGACAACAUUGGGAGAUGGAGACAAGCUUUGGCAAAAGUGGCUACAGUCGCUGGCUAUCAUUCAAGCAACUGGGAUAGUGAAGCGGCCAUGAUCAAGAAAAUCGCCACUGAUAUCUCAAACAUGCUGAAUAGUUUCACACCAUUGAGUGAUUUCGACGGGUUAGUUGGUAUGGGAGCUCAUUUGGAAAAGAUGGAACCAUUGUUAGGACUAGGCUCAGAUGAGGUGAGGAUGAUUGGGAUCUGGGGUCCUCCUGGGAUUGGGAAGACCACAAUCGCUAGAGUAGCAUACAACCAACUCUCCGAGGGUUUUCAACUGAGUAUCUUUAUGGAUGAUAUCAAAGUAAACUAUUCAAGACUGUGUUCAGAUGACUACAGCGCAAAGUUGCAACUACAGCAACAAUUUAUAUCUCAAAUAACCAACCAUAAGGAUAUGGUUGUUUCUCAUUUGGGAGUCGCCUCAAAUAGGUUGAAGGACAAGAAAGUUCUUGUUGUUCUUGAUGGCGUGGACCGGUCAGUACAACUGGAUGCCAUAGCGAAAGAGGCUUGGUGGUUUGGUCCCGGGAGUCGGAUUAUUAUAACAACACAAGAUCAUAAACUUUUUAGAGCACAUGGAAUUAACCAUAUUUACAAGGUGGAUUUUCCAACAAACGAUGAGGCUCUCCAAAUCUUUUGUACGUAUUCUUUUGGUCAAAAGUUCCCUAAAGAUGGUUUUGAGGAGCUUGCUCGGGAAGUUACAAAACUUGCUGGUGAACUCCCUUUGGGGCUAAGGGUAAUGGGUUCCUACUUUCGGGGAAUGUCCAAGCAAGAGUGGAUAAAUUCGCUACCAAGAUUAAAGACUAGCCUCGACUCUGAUAUUCAAAGCAUUUUGAAAUUCAGCUAUGAUGCUUUGGAUGAUGAAGAUAAAUACUUGUUUCUUCAUAUAGCCUGCUUCUUCAACUCUCAAAAGAUUCACAAAGUGGAAGAGCAUCUUGCGAAGAAGUUCUUGGAAGUGAGGCAAAGACUUAACGUUUUAGCUGAGAAAUCUCUCAUAUCUAUUGAGUCAGGAUAUAUCAAGAUGCAUAGUUUGCUGGAAAAACUAGGUAGAGUAAUUGUUUGUAAGCAAUCUAUUCAUGAGCCUGGACAGCGCCAGUUUCUGUUCGACGAUAGAGAAAUUUGUGAAGUACUGACUGGUGAUGCAACGGGUAGUAAAAAUGUCAUAGGCAUGAAGCUCGACUACUACAAAAUAGAGAAAGAAUUAGAUAUAAGUGAUAAAGCCUUUGAAGGAAUGUCAAAUCUUCAAUUCCUAAAAGUCUAUGGUUAUAGUGAUACAUUGCAAUUAACUCGAGGUCUGAACUAUCUACCUCGUAAACUUCGAUUACUAGAGUGGAGUCAUUUUCCAAUGAGAUAUUUUCCUUCUACCCUGAACUUGGAGUUCCUUGUAGAACUAACUAUUCGUCACAGCAAGCUUGAGAAGUUGUGGGAAGGAAUUAAACCGCUUCGAAGUUUGAAGUGGAUGAAUUUGAGUUAUUCUGUAAACUUGAAGGAGCUUCCUGAUCUCUCAACCGCCACUAGCCUUAAGAAAUUAAAUCUGAAUGCUUGUUCCAGCCUAACGAAACUCCCGCCCCCUAUUGGGUACACAAAUAAUCUUGAAGUACUGAAUCUUCGUAAAUGCUCGAGUCUAAUCAAACUCCCUUCCUUGGCUGGAGAUGCCACUAGUCUGGAGAAACUAUAUAUUGGUGGAUGCUCAAGUCUUGUGGAGUUUCCCUCCGUUAUUGGGAAUGCCCUUAAUCUCCGAAAAUUGGAUCUUAGUAGUUUCCCAAACCUUUUGGAGCUCCCUUCCUAUGUUGGGAAUGCCACCAACUUGGAGAAGUUGUAUCUUAGUAAUUGCUUAGAUCUAGUGGAACUUCCUCUCUCGCUUGGAAACCUUCAGAAGUUGCAGAAACUGAUAUUAAAAGGAUGCAAUAAGCUAGAGUUUCUUCCCAGCAACAUCAACUUGGAAUCUUUGGAGAAACUUGAUCUCUCUGGAUGCUCAAGUCUUGAUCUCGGUGGAUUCUCUAUUAUCGGAAAUGUCAUCAAUCUCCAAACACUGGACAUAAGCAGACUACCACAACUGCUGGAGCUCCCUUCCUUCAUCAGGAUUCCUGAUUUAGAAAAUAAUUUGUAUAAACACUCUACUUUGAAGAACGAGAACCAGAUGCUUAGACAAUAUUCUGAAGAACACAACAUGAAACAAGAGAGGAGGCGGUGGUUCUAACGCUGAGGCAAGCUUUUGAUCUCUUUGUUCUUGUUCUUGUACUAUAUAUGUGGACGUGACUCAGAGACUGGUGAGAGCUAAAAUGGCAAAAUUGUAGACAGAGUUCUCUUGUAGUCUUUAGAAUAUUUUCUUAAUUAUUUUUUUCUCUGUUGGUCUGAUAGAUUUUCAUAAUUCAAAUGUUAGUUUUGUUGUAUGAUAUAUAUUUUUGGAUACUUUAAUUUUUGUCCAUAUAUCUUACGAUGAUUUCGAAUG